AUGCGGCCGGCCCUCCUCACCCUGCUUGCGCUGGCCUGUGCUUGGCAUUCAGCGCAGUCGGUCGAUGACAUCGAGCCCAAGAGGCCCGUGUGGCCCUCCGAGUACCAGAUUUCCUGGGACUUCACAGUUCCUUACAUCGACGAGUACCAGAAGAGCAAGGACGGGUUCAAGUACCAGUACCAGGCGUGGCAGGACACGCGGCUGGGGCGCCAGAAGGUGGUGCGCAAUGGCAAGGAGACGGUGAUCCUGCUGGUGCCGGUGAACAAGAUGUACGAAGUAUUCCCCGCCUACGACCACCUGACCUGCUGGGAGGACGAGAUCCACGGCGGCACGGGGCCCACGCUGGCCGGAGCUCAGCAGGGUGGGCAGGCCGUGGAGGAGGGGCAGGAGGAGGGGCAGGCGGCGGCCGGAGAGGCGCCGCGGUCGCAGCAGCGGCGCCGGCUGCGGGGCGAGGCGGAGGCGGCGGCAGAAGAGGAGGGCGAGGGGAGGCAGGCUGGCGGGCCCUACCUGUUUGACUGGGAGAAGAAGCCCGCCAAGCUGCUGCACUUUCUGCUCCCCGACCUCAGCGAGGAGCGGUGGCAGUAUGUGGGCACAGAGGUGUUCAAAGACACAGGGGACAGCGCCCGCGUGUACGAGUGGGACCUCACAGCGGGCGGCGUGAGCGACAUGAGGUACCGCUUCUAUGUGACGCGGGACGGCGUGCCGCUGAGGCUGUGGAUGAUGGGCACCAACCUCGGCUACGGCACCAGCGAGGCCGGCGAGCUGUACUGGCUGGUCAAGAACAUCUGGAGCCCCUACUGGGGCGAGAAAGGAUACAUGCGUGUGGCGCGCAGCCCCAACGACUGCGGCGUGGCCUCAGAGCCCCUCUACCUGGACCUCACGGUGUAG